AUGAAUAACCCGUAUCGCAAAAGCAGCUAUGGUGGGAACGACGGCGCUGGCUCAACGGAUAUGCCACGGCGAUCUAUGGACUCCAAUGGCAACCCUAUCGACGCAGCUUCUACUGGGUACCGUCAUAGCAUUGAUCCCGGGCGAGGCUCGGGCUCUGGAGGUCACGGGGGUAUGUUCAGUAUCCCUGAAUACUCGAGUCCUCCAUCAGAGUACAACUCUUCAGCUGGGUCAGGAACCCAUGUCAACGGGCAAAACCGAUACUUUCACUCUAGGAGAGUCAAGAUUGGCGAGGUUGAGAAACCGUGGUUGGAGAAGACCAAUCCCAAAGAAAAAUGGGUCUCAAUCCUUCCCAUUCUCGCGAUUCUCUUCGGCCUCGUUGGCUCUGGUUUCCUCGUCUGGGACGGCAUAAGAAGUGUGGUCAAGAACAAGUAUUGUCCUGUCCUUGACGAGGACUUCAGCCAGGGUCUGAACCCGAACAUUUGGACUAAAGAAGUCGAAGUCGGCGGAUAUGGAAAUGGCCAGUUCGAGCAGACAACUGGUGGGGACGACAAUGUUUAUAUCGAGAACGGGAAUCUUGUCAUCAAGGCGACUAUGCAAGAUCCAAAGUUGAUGCAGAAGAACAACGUCAUCAAUCUUCUCAAGGCCGGUACCUGUACCUCUAAAACUUGGUCCAACUGUGUUGCUGCCACCAACGUGACCACAGGGAACAACACUGUGGUCCCCCCUGCCAGGUCAGGUCGUAUCAACACCAAAAAAGGAGCCAACAUCAAGUACGGUCGUAUUGAGGUCACUGCAAAGCUCCCCGAGGGUGACUGGCUCUGGCCCGCUAUUUGGAUGCUUCCUAGGCAGAGCGUGUACGGUACUUGGCCCAGAUCUGGAGAAAUCGACAUCAUCGAAUCACGCGGAAACAACUGGACCUACAAACAGGGCGGAAAUGACAUCGUAUCCUCCGCCCUCCACUGGGGUCCCAACUCUGCCAACGAUGGUUGGUGGAAGACCAACAACAAGCGAAAGGCUUUGCACACUACUUACAGUGCUGGCUUCAAUAUGUUCGGCUUGGAGUGGUCAGAAAAAUACCUCUUCACCUAUGUCAACACUCGCCUCCUUCAAGUCACAUACACCAACUUUAAGAAGCCUAUGUACAAGCGAGGCGGAUUUCCUGACGUGGACCAGAAUGGUACUCGACUCACUGAUCCUUGGCUCAACGCCAAAGAUGUCAACGCACCUUUCGAUCAGGAGUUUUACCUCAUCCUCAAUGUGGCUGUUGGUGGUACAAACGGUUGGUUUGAGGAUGGUAAGUCAGGCAAGCCUUGGUACGAUGCUUCUCCUACAGCCAAGAAGGACUUUUGGGAUGCUCGAGAACAGUGGUAUCCUACUUGGAAACAACCACAGCUCGAGGUUAGCCGAGUUGUUAUGAUGCAGCAGUGCAACGGUAAUGAGGAUUUAUAA